AGCAGCACCUUCCUCUGGCUGGCUCUACCCUUUACUUCUCUAUAUUAUUCAUCUUUCUCUUGAAUUAAAACCAUGAAGAUUAUUCUGCUGAUGGCACUGAUCAGUGUAUCUGCCGCUGACAGGCCGUCUAGCAACUACAGAGCCCCUCUUGGAGGUUUCAGUAACGGGUUUGGUGCCUUAAAUGGAGCCCCAAGCAACGGAUACGAAGCUCCCCCAAGUAACAGGUAUGGCCCCCCAAGUGGUUACGGACAAGAUGAACUUGCUGCUCUGCUGGAGAGCAUCCCUGGUGGUGGCGUCCCUGGUGAAGACUACCCCAUUCUGGCUUCUCCACCAAACACUGGCUUCUCCUGUGAUGACCAGGCGGUGCAAGGCUAUUACGCUGAUACCGCCUCUGAAGCCGGCUGCCAGGUGUUCCACAUUUGCCAGGACCGCGCCCGCAGACGCCAGCAGGACUCCUUCCUCUGUCCCAACGGUACCAUCUUCAACCAGCAGUACCUGGUGUGUGACUGGUGGUUCAACGUGGACUGCGCUGAGGCUGAGAACUUCUACUCCGUCAAUGAGCUCAUCGGCGUCGUCCCCUACGGUGGUUAUGGACCCUCCACCAACGGUAAUGGUAACCGUUAUGGCUCUAAUGGUAACGGGAAGGGAGGUAAUGGUAAUGGCAACCGUUAUAGUUCAAAUGGUAACGGAAGAAACGGAAAUGCUGUCAACGGUAAUGGCAAUUUAGCUAACAGUAACGGUGGGAAUGGUAAUGGUGCCAGCAACGGUUAUGGACCUCCAGUUCCUCCACCUACUUCCUAUGGAGCACCAUUUUAGAUGUUUAUAACUUGACACUUGUAUUCUCUCACUCGACUGUCUCUCUGGUAAAAUGAUUUCUGCAUCCACUCAACCAUGAUCCAAGAGCUUACUGGACUCCCACCUUUUGUAUAUAUUUAUCAUUUAUUAUUAGUGUGGUUUACCAAUGAAAGUUUUCUUUAUCAUAUUUUACUUAAUAAAAUUUCCGAUGAUCAUA